CUUUUCACCCCUUUGAUUGCAAUAUCUCUUCUGCUGUAUUAUUUUUUGCCUCAUUGUUCUGGAUAAUAAUCCUGAUUUCUUCUUCCAAAAAUUCGAAAAAAAAAAAAAAGCCUUUGGCUAGAAAUGGCAGAAGCUCAGCGAUUACAACUACCCAUCAUAUCUGAUGAAGAAGAAGCUAAAGAAGAAAAUCCAGCCGUAAAUGUAAAUGCCACCAACCGAGAAAUAACCGUGUCCCGAUCUGGCAAGUACAAGCGGUGGCUCCGGGUAGUUCUCUAUACAAUCUUUCUCCUCUGCGGCCAGUCAGUAGCUACACUGCUGGGAAGACUUUACUAUGAAAAAGGUGGAAAUAGCAAGUGGCUGGCAGCACUUGUUCAACUUGCAGGUUUCCCAAUUCUCCUUCCUUUCUAUUGCAUGCCUACACGCAAAAUGUUCAACGAUCUCAAUGCAAGUCUUACAGAAACGAAACAACCAUCGUUCUUUAAGCUAGUUUUGGUGUAUGUAUCAAUUGGCCUACUUAUAGCUGGAAAUUGCUUUCUAUAUUCAGUUGGCAUGCAAUACCUUCCUGUAUCUACAAUUACCCUCAUUUCCGCAUCUCAGCUGGCCUUCAAUGCUUUCUUUUCCUAUUUCCUUAAUUCGCAAAAGUUCACUCCUUUCAUGAUCAAUUCUCUAGUUCUUCUCACCAUUUCCUCAGUUCUCCUUGUGUUUCAAGACAACUCUGCAAGGCUUGCUGGAGUUUCUCACGGACAGUAUGCGGCUGGGUUCAUAUGCACCAUUUUUGGAACUGCAGGUACUGGACUGUUUCUUGCUUUACAGCAGCUUGCCUUUCGAAAGGUUGUGAAGAGGCAGACAUUUACUGAUGUCAUGGAUAUGAUAAUCUUUCCAUCACUCAUUGCAUCAAGCGCCAUAUUAGUGGGUUUUUUGGCUAGCGGAGAUUGGAAAGGGUUGAAUAGAGAAAUGAAGGAAUAUGAAUUGGGGAACUUUUCUUAUGUCAUGAUUUUGCUUUGGACUGCUAUAUGUUGGGCUGUUUUAGCCAUUGGUGCUGUGGGAUUAGUGUUUGAGGUGUCUGCCCUCUUCUACAAUGCCAUAAGUGUAUUUGGUUUGCCUAUUGUUCCAAUAAUUGCCGUCUUUGUUUUCCACGACAAAAUGGACGGUAUAAAGGUAAUCUCUAUGGUGCUGGCUAUUUGGGGCUUCAUUUCCUAUGUCUAUCAGCACUAUCUUGAUGACUACAAGUCCAAGACAGAAAAAGGGAAAACCAGUGGAAAUUUGUGAAGCUUGCUCAACUAGAAGAGGGUAAUCCAAACAUUCAGCCGCCCUGCAGGGUACAGAACAUAGAGUCUAGCUUAAUAGCUUUUAUGAAUGAAUGAAUGAAUGAAAAGACCGAUCCUGUUCCCUUAUUUCAAGUUUCUACUAUCAUGUUUCCAAUAUUAGCCUGUGAAAUGGUUGAGGAUUACUAUCAAAUUAGGCUAUUCGCUGGAAGAUGUGUUGAUUGAUGAUUGUGAUGGGCAUCGAAGCUAGGCUUAUGAUCUCCAGCUGUUAGGAAGCUUGGUACACAUUGCAAAUGUACGAUCAUUAAGGUGACUUGGACAUGCAUGCAUCACCUUCACCUUUGUAGAAGAGAAGCUAGCUAAGAGACCACUUGUAUUUGUCAUAGCCCUGCUGAGUACCCCCGAAUUGUAUAAAUGUAUGCUUAUAUUUAGUUCAUUUGAUACAAGGGAAAUUGCCGGUUCCUUUGAACUGGACUUUAGCAAGUGACAAGCAUAUAACCAUUACUAUCUAGA